AUGUCCAAGAUUAUUCAAAUUCCUUGCAGCUUCCUCGAUAUACAAAUUUAUUCAAAUCCCCAGCCCUUUCGUCGUUUUCCUUCUGCUUUUUUUUCAUUUUGCCAUAUUCAUCUUUCUUUCUUGUUAGUUUUUCUUUCUUUUUCUGUAAUUUCCUUCUGGCCACGUCUUUUUCAUUUUCACUUUUCAUUCCGAUAUUUCUUUCUUUCUUUCUUUCUUUCUUUCUUUCAUAUUGUUCCUUUUUUCUUUCUUUCUUUUUUCUUUCUAUUUGCUAAAUCCCUUCUUUUAUAUUGUCCGUUUUUCUUUCUUUAUUUCUUAAUUUUCUUUCUUUGUUCUUUAAUUUCCUUCUGGCCAUGUUUUUCUCAUUUUCCCCUUUCAUUCCGAUACUUUUUUCGUUCUUUCUUUCCUUCUUUCUUUCUUUCUUUCUUUCUUUCUUUCUUUCUUUCAGACAUUUCUGUUUAUUCCUUUUUUAUAUACUGUUCUUUCUUUCCUUCUAUUCUUGUUUUUUUUUCUGUAAUUUCUUUCUAUCCAUAUCUUUUUCCUUUUCACCCUAAAACUCCGAUUUUUAUUUCUUCUUAUUUUUCAUUUCGGCAUAUUCUUUCUUUUAUAGCUUUCUUUCUUUCUUUCUUUCUUUCUUUCUUUCUUGUUAAUUUUCCUUUGUUUUUUUUAUUUCUUUCCACAUAUCUAUCAUUUUCCCUUUUCAUUUUUCUUUCUUUCUUUCUUUCUUUCUUUCUUUCUUUCUUUCUUUCUUCAAUAUUUCGACAUAUUACUUUUUCUACUCCGAUCUUUUUUUCUUGCCAGUUUUCCCUUGGUUUUUCUGUAAUUUCUUUUUGCCCGCGUUUUUCUCACUUUCCCUUUCUUUCUUUCUUUCUUUCUUUCUUUCUUUCUUUCUUUGUAACUUUGUAG